AUGACGGACGGGAAGAUGCAGCUCGAUAAAGCACAGGAAACUGUGGAGGCUAUCAAGCAUGGAGACAUUGACGAGUCUCUGUACAGUCGGCAGCUGUACGUCCUUGGUCACGAGGCCAUGAAACGCAUGGGAUCUUCCAACGUCCUCAUUGCUGGUCUGAAAGGUCUCGGUGUUGAAAUCGCCAAAAACAUUGCACUGGCCGGUGUGAAAUCGCUUACACUUUUUGAUCCCACUCCCGUCGCCAUCUCUGAUCUUUCCUCACAAUUCUUCCUACAGCCGCAGGAUGUUGGCAAGCGACGUGCCGAUGUGACCGCACCACGCGUCGCUGAACUGAAUUCAUACGUUCCCGUUACAAUCUACGAGUCGGACAACCUGACCGCCGAUCUAUCACAGUUGAAACGCUUCCAGGUUGUCGUACUCACCAACACCUCACUCAAAGACCAACUUACGAUUGCAGACUAUUGCCAUCAAAAUGGUAUUUACGUUGUUAUUACAGAUACAUUCGGUCUCUUUGGGUACAUUUUCAACGAUUUCGGAAAGAAUUUCACGGUUGGAGACGCUACUGGUGAAGAUCCAGUGAGCGGUAUUGUUGCUGACAUUGAUGAGACUGGUUUGGUUUCGGCUCUUGAUGAGACCCGACACGGUUUAGAGGAUGGCGAUUACGUUACUUUCACAGAAGUUAAAGGCAUGGAAGGCCUCAACAAUAAUGAUCCACGCAAAGUUACCGUCAAAGGGCCCUAUACAUUUUCUAUUGGCGACGUCUCCGGUCUCGGCAAGUACGAGGGAGGUGGUCUUUACACACAAGUCAAGAUGCCUAAAUUCCUCGAUUUUCAACCUCUACGAGAGCAAUUGAAGAAACCAGAACUUCUCAUCUCCGAUUUCGCCAAAUUUGAACGCCCCCAACAAUUGCAUAUUGGGGUGCAGGCUCUUCAUCAAUUUGCCGAAACGCACAAUGGCGAAUUCCCUCGCCCGCACCAUGAAGCCGACGCGGAAGAGGUUUUGAAGAUCUCCAAAGAUUUGGCAGGCCAGACCGAGGAUAAGGUCGAGCUGGACGAUAAACUCAUCAGGGAACUCAGCUAUCAAGCACGUGGUGAUCUCAAUCCCCUUGCAGCUUUCUUCGGUGGUCUUGCUGCCCAGGAGGUCUUGAAGAGUGUUUCCGGAAAGUUCCACCCUGUUGUUCAGUGGAUGUAUUUCGACUCUUUGGAAUCCUUGCCAGAAUCCGUGACUCGCUCCGAAGAGACUUGCAAGCCUCUUGGUACCCGUUACGAUGGCCAAAUCGCCGUCUUUGGAAAGGAGUUCCAAGACAAGGUUGCUAAUCUGAACACAUUCUUGGUUGGAGCUGGCGCUAUUGGUUGCGAGAUGCUCAAAAAUUGGGCUAUGAUUGGUCUCGGUACUGGGCCCAAAGGCAAAAUUCGAGUUACCGACAUGGAUCAGAUUGAGAAGAGUAACCUUAACCGUCAAUUCCUUUUCCGUCCCAAGGAUGUUGGCAUGUUGAAGAGUGACUGUGCAUCUGCUGCGGUCCAGGCUAUGAAUCCGGAAUUGAAUGGGAAAAUAACAACACUCCGUGAUCGUGUUGGACCCGACACGGAAGAUAUUUUCAACGAACAGUUCUGGAGCGAACUUGACAUCGUCACUAAUGCAUUGGAUAAUGUCGAUGCCCGAACUUAUGUCGAUCGUCGUUGUGUCUUUUUCCGCAAGCCACUUCUUGAGAGUGGAACUCUCGGUACAAAGGGAAAUACUCAAGUCAUUCUUCCUCACAUUACAGAAUCUUAUUCCAGCUCUCAGGAUCCCCCUGAGAAGUCAUUUCCUAUGUGCACUUUGAAGAGUUUCCCUAACCGCAUUGAGCAUACCAUUGCCUGGGCUCGUGAUCUUUUCCAGACGUACUUCGUUGGUCCUCCUGAGAGUGUGAACCUCUAUCUUUCGGAGCCGAAUUACAUUGAGCAGACACUUAAACAGGCUGGAAAUGAGAAACAGACCCUCGAGAACCUCCGGGAUUUCUUGGUGACUGACAAGCCGCUUAGCUUUGACGACUGCAUUGUAUGGGCGCGCAACCAGUUUGAGGCUCAAUACAACAAUGCUAUUCAGCAAUUGCUAUAUAACUUCCCUCGCGAUUCUACAACAUCCUCGGGACAACCAUUCUGGUCUGGUCCAAAGCGUGCCCCUACUCCAUUGAAGUUUGACAGCUCGAACCCUACUCAUCUGGGUUUCAUUAUUGCUGGUGCUAAUCUGCAUGCAUUCAACUAUGGAAUCAAGCCUCCCACAACAGACAAGAACUACUUCAAGAAGGUGGUUGACGACAUGAUCAUCCCCGAAUUCACGCCCAGCUCGAAUGUCAAGAUCCAGGCUGAUGAUAACGAUCCUGACCCCAAUGCUCAGUCUGCUGGAACUUCUGACAACGAAGAGAUUCAGAAACUUGUUGCUUCUCUUCCAUCGCCAAAAUCCUUGGCUGGAUUCCGCUUGGUCCCUGUUGAGUUUGAGAAGGAUGAUGACACAAAUUACCACAUUGACUUUAUCACUGCGGCAAGCAACUUGCGUGCUGAGAAUUACGAUAUCCCACAAGCGGACCGACACAAGACCAAGUUCAUUGCUGGCAAGAUUAUUCCGGCUAUUGCAACUACGACUGCUUUAGUCACUGGUCUAGUUGUCCUUGAAUUGUACAAGAUCAUUGACGGCAAGACCGACAUUGAGAAGUACAAGAACGGUUUCGUGAACUUGGCACUGCCAUUCUUCGGUUUCAGUGAACCCAUUGCGAGUCCCAAGGGUAAAUAUCAGGGCAAGAAUGGUGAAGUGACAAUUGAUAAGCUGUGGGAUCGGUUUGAGGUGGACGAUAUUCCAUUGCAGGAUUUCUUAAAACAUUUUUCAGACCUUGGUUUGGAGGUCACCAUGAUCAGCUCUGGAGUCAGCCUGCUAUAUGCCAGCUUCUACCCGCCAUCCAAGCUGAAGGAUCGUUUGCCAUUGAAGAUGUCUAAACUUGUGGAACAUAUUAGCAAGAAGCCUGUUCCGGAGCACCAAAAGAACGUGAUAUUCGAGGUGACAGCGGAAGAUCAGACGGAAGAAGAUGUUGAGAUACCGUAUGUGAUGGUGAAGUUGUGAUAAAGGUCAAGAAAUUGAACCGCUCAGUGAAAGUAGAUUUGCAAGAACUAUCAGUAUCAAACCUUGGAUAACAUAUAGAGUCUUCAUUUCAGUUUGCUUGUCUAUACGUAUCAUUAUUAUCGUUAUUGAUAAUCAACGGAAAUACGGAUAUAACUUAGUUAUUAUCAGACGAUGAUGACAUCAGCAGGAAAUGUUGAUGGCAUCG